CGACGCACUUCAAGCGCCAGUUUGGAUUUUGGCGUCGCGACGCGUAAAGAUUUCCUUUCUUUACCGUAUUAAAUAAUUUCAAAAUUUAUUAUAAAAGUGGACGAGAUAAGUGUAGUAUACAGAAAUAUUUAAGCGUGAGAAUAUGACGCAUCUCAACGUUGCUGUAAGGGUUAGACCUAUGUCUCAAAGAGAAAUCUCAUUAAAUGCAGUUCCAGUGGUUGAAGUCAACAGUAAUAUAGUUUCGAUAACAAAUUUAAAGGUACCAGAACAGUAUGCGGGUGACAGCAGGGAAAGAGUUAGAAGAUUCUCCUUUGAUUGCUGUUUUGGAACCACGUCAAAUCAAGAAAAUGUAUUCAACGUUGUUAAUGACAUCAUUGGAAACGCUGUUAAGAAAAAAUACCAUUCCUGCGUGUUAGCUUACGGACAAAGUUCUUCAGGGAAAACUCACACCAUGAUGGGGUUUCAAGAACAAUUUGGUUUAACACCUCGUUUAUGCGAACGAAUCUUCGAUUAUUUAAAACAAAUUGAUGGCGAUGAAGAAGAAAAAGAACAUGUAACAAUCAGUUAUUUGGAAAUACACAACGAGAAGGUCAACGAUCUUCUAGCUGACAACGAUGUGACGAGUGUGCUUAAAAUUCGCGAACAUCCGGUCCGUGGAACUUACGUCCAAGGAUUAAAAGAAUACAAAGCGGAGAAUCCGGAAAGAUUGUUGGAUUGGUUGAAGAUUGGGAAUAAAAAAAGAAGGGUUUCCGCAACCUCGGUGAAUCCCCAAUCGAGUCGAAGUCACUCAGUGGUUACUUUAAAAUGUCUUGGUGGAGUUAAAUUGACACUCGUUGAUUUGGCCGGGAGCGAAAGAAGUAAUCGAGUACAUACGAAAUCGACGUUUUGGGAAGGAGCUAAUAUUAAUAAAAGCUUGGUUGCUUUGGGGAAUGUUAUUUCUUCUUUAGCCGAUCAAUCUGUAAGAACAAAAGGUUACAAAAAACGCUUCAUUCCUUAUAGAGAUUCAGUCUUAACAUGGCUUUUAAAAGACACCCUUGGUGGAAACUCUCAAACAUUAAUGAUAGCAACGGUGUCCCCGUCGAGCGUUUGCUACAGUGAGACUGUGAAUACGUUGAGGUUCGGGCACAGGGCCAAACAAAUCGUUGCCCAACCAGUGGCCAACGAAGACCCCAAGCAAAAAGUUAUCAGAGAUCUUAAAUUGGAAAUUGUUAAAUUAAAACAACUUCUUUCAUGUUGUCAGAUCACCCCGGAAGAUCAAUUCGUAUUAAAACCACUAUCGAAUAAAUCAGACGCAUCAACAAACACCGAAAAUAUAAACUGUCCGAUUUCGUUAAAAAAAAUAAUCAUAGAUAAAUUUAAUGGACCAACUCAAAAAUCACUUUUCGGUGACGAUGUAACGGAUUUUAAUAAUAUCAAUCAAUUUAUUAACACCGUUUUAAAGAAAACUCUUCAAAAUAUUGAUGGAAACAAAUCGUUCAAUAUAAAUCCGAAAAAUAUCUCCAAAGCGGAGCUUGAAAGCUCGCUUUGUUCCACAGAUAAACUUAUCCCAGUGAUGGACGUAACAACGAUAAGCGAUGAUAAACCAGUUGUUAAAUUAAGAAGAACUUACAGCGUUUUAUCGGAGAAAGACGCAAAAUCAGCUAAGAGAUAUGGUUCUUAUGAAACAUUAUCAACAAAAGGUGAGAAAAUGAAAAAACCCACCCCAACGGCGUUAAUUAGAAAACGCUCGAUCGAUAAACCGAGCACUUCUUUAGCUAAAGUUGAGGCAAAAGUAGAUUCAAUUCGAAAAAUGACUUUAAAACCACGAUCUGAAAUUGUUGCAGCCGUUACACAAAGACUCUACAGCAAAGUUAAUAAAAAAGAAGUUGCCACAGAAACCGAAGAAGUUAUUAAAGAAAAUAAAGGUACGAUGGCGAGACCGUUAAGGCUACAAGAUAUCACACAAAGAGCGAUGAGGUAUUAUAAAAGAAAACAUAUCGAAACACAAACAGAAUCAGAUCCUGUCGUACGAGUUAAAGACACUUGUACGGAUGUUGAUGACUUAAAAAUCGAAACAAAUCAAUUUAAACACAUUUCCGUUUGUACGGAAGAAAUUAAACUUGAAAAUGUUGGCACAAAUUGCAAUUUACUCAGAUUUGAUUCAUCAACAAGUGGAGGAAAUGGGUUAAAACUUACAACAUCUUGCGGAGUCCAAGUGGACGAAGACAACAAAGAAUUGAAACAACCUCAAAAUUUACUUUCGUUUACAAAAUAUUUAAGGGGAAAAGAAAAUAAUAAAGAAAACAUACCAAACCCUAUUUAUACAUCAUCGGUUAAUAUUCACGUUUCACACAAUUACAUCAACAAUAAAGAAAAAAAUGAAAACGAUUUAAGUAUUUCCGAAGAUAGUUUAGAUGAUAAUAUCCCACAAUCUUUUCAAACUCCCGAUUUAAUAAGUAAUCAUAAUUCUUUAGAACACGAUAAAAUUAAUUUCGCCAACAUCAACGACACCAUUCCUUACGAUACAAUAAACAAUCAAAAUUACGAUCAAAGAGAAUCGUGUCAAGCAACGCCGAAUAUCAUUCCAGAGCUAUAUCAAGCUGGAAUAUCAAUUUCACCAACUUACGCGUCAGAAAUUAACGUAACAAAAACACCGGAAAGAAUUUUACCUUUAAAAAGUUUCCAUCCAAUUUCAUCAAAACCAAACAUUACACAAACUCAAAAAUAUGAAAAAGUCACGAUAAACGAACCAAUUAUUCUUAAAAGUAUAAUGAAGCAACAUUACGAUAGUGACUCAAGCGAUUUUUCUAUGGAUACGUUUGAAAAUGUACAAGAUUCGUUAAAUUACCACAAACGAGUACAUUUUCCUAAAGAACAACAUAAAGAUUCGCGAGUUUUCGAAGCGAUGACAAAUUUUUUAAAAGAAGCGAGUGCUUUAAUGGCAAAUUUAUCAAUUGUCGCUGAUAAAUUGGAUAAACCAGAACAAGCCCAUGAAAUACAAGUCAGUUUAAGUGAUAUUAGCGAAAUGGUUUCGAAAAAAAUUAAAAAGAAAUAUCGGAAAAAGAAACGAAAUGAAUCGCCUAACUUUGAAAAUAUUUCUUGUCAAACUUCACCAAAACGAACGAUGAAUAUUUUCACGGAAACUGAAGAAUUUCCAAACAAUAAAUACGAAAGUAUCGUAAAGAAUUCCUGCGAUCGAUUAGAACAACUUUGUAAUAAUAAAGCGAGUGGAAAUAAAUCAACGGAAAAAAUUGUUGUUGAUGAAAGCGUUUUGCAUAGAUUUCCCCAGCCGUUUUCCGUGUCAGAUUGGAAUGAUUUUUCUUAUCAACAGUACGAAGAUUCUAGCAUUGAAAGUAACCCAACUUAUUCGGAUUAUGGAAGUCUUCCGCGAAGAAAAGUUAAACAUAAAAGUUUUUUGAGUCCCAGCGAAUAUUUGAGACAACUAACAAGUAUGAGGAAACAAAUUAUUGAUACAUCUAGAGAUGAAUUGUUGAAUGAUCAUCGUAUGGUUUUUGAAUGAUGAAAUAAUAUUAAGAAAAUUUUAAUCGGGACACAAAAUAUUGUUAAAUAAGAUUGAAUGAUGAAGAUUUUAAAAAUGGAAUUGAAAUUUAUCUGGAGGAAUCAACGAAAACAAGGUUAAGAAGAAAAAAAUGUUUACGCAGUAUUGAUUGUUUUAUUAGAACAAAGUUUACAUAAAGGAACAAAAAAAACUGUAUUUGUAAACUUGUUGGAAUCAAAAAAAAUUGUUGCAUUGAUAAGAAUUUUACGAAUUUACAUUUUAAAUCUAAAUGUAGCUUAUUCUAUGGUAGAUGUAGAAUUUUACAUAAAUUAAGUGUUAAUAUUUAUUUAAAAAAUAUGUAUUAAUUUAAAAUUGCAAGAAAGAAUAACUAAAAAGAUUUCUUUUGACUACUUUGAAUAACUUUACAAAAUGAAUUGAAUUAAUAAAGUGAUUAGAUAAAAAAUUAA